CAAGUUCUUCCGCAAGGCAGGCGUGUGCUCAUUUUACAGCGGAAGCCAAAUCCAGGUUUUCGAUGUGGGCGCGCGUGCACCAUUAACUUCGGGACCCGAUGACUUAUUGUACAAAACUGCUCGCUAAUAGCCGGCCAUGACAGCACAGAAGAGCCGAUGUGUUUCGGAAUCGCAUCACAACAAACACCGUCAUCGCAGCUGAUAACGCGUAAUCAAAACAAAAUUCGUCGGUCGAUCGAUGGUCCCUCGCGAUUUUACUUGAAUUUUGAAAGUAAAUUUCCAAAUUCCGGGGUAAAAUGUCGCUGCUCAAUUCGUACGAGUUGCGUGCCUUCGGGGAAAGUUUCAGCAUUCCGCUUCCGCUAAUGGUGAACGUGCUAAUCGCGUUCGGGGCAUACCAUGUGAGCUACAGCUUAAUACCGAAGAUGAAAACCAUGUUCCUGGCUGCCAAUCUGGCCGGGGUGGACAUGAACAAAACUUCCAAAACGAAAAUACCGGAAGCAUUUGGGGUAGUAAUCGGCUGCGUAUUUCUGAUCUCACUUUUCCUGUUCAUCCCGGUUCCGUUUAUGGGAAGCUUCUCCGGCGAGGCUUCCGACAAAUUUCCUCACGAUAAGUUCGUGGAGUUUAUCGCGGCCAUGCUCUCAAUCUGUUGCAUGAUAUUGCUUGGAUUCGCCGACGAUGUCCUGAACCUCCGAUGGCGUGACAAAUUGUACCUACCAACGGUAGCUUCCUUACCUCUUCUGAUGGUAUACUACACCAAUUUCAACUCCACAACCAUCAUAUUACCGAAAAUAGUGGCCAAAAUUCUGGGCUUUUCAUCGCUCGAUAUCGGUGUGCUGUACUACAUCUAUAUGGGCAUGUUGGCCGUGUUUUGUACCAACGCGAUCAACAUACUGGCCGGCAUCAACGGGCUGGAGGUGUGCCAAUCGCUGGUGAUAGCCGGUUCGAUUAUCGUGUUCAAUUUCGUCGAAAUCUUUGCCGGACACUGCAAGGAAGCGUACGAAUUUUCGCUGUACAUUAUGAUUCCCUAUCUGGCCGUUACUCUGGCGCUGUGGAAAUACAAUCGAUACCCAUCACAAGUCUUCGUUGGCGACACUUUCAAUUAUCUAUCCGGCAUGACCUUUGCCGUUGUCGGGAUCCUUGGGCACUUCAGCAAAACCGUGCUGCUUUUCUUCAUCCCUCAGAUCGUUAACUUUAUCUACUCGGUACCGCAACUGUUUCGACUGAUACCCUGUCCCAGACAUCGGCUUCCAAAGCACGAUCCCCGGACGGAUCUGCUGAACUACAGCAAAACUCAGUUCCGGGUUGCGGAUCUCAACAUUCUGGGAAAGCUGUGCUACACCCUGUUCAAGCUGCUACAUCUGAUCCGAUGCGAGGAAUCGGAGGACGGUACGGUGACCUGUAAUAAUUUCACCAUUAUCAAUUUCGCCAUCCUGUUGACUGGGCCGAUUCGGGAGGAUCGGUUGAACCGAUUGCUUAUUGUCUUUCAACUGGCAUGUUCCGCCUUUGCCUUUGCCAUACGCUAUCCGUUGGCGCAUUUCUUUUAUGAAACCAGAAACUGAAUGCGAUAAAGUCGGCAUGCUUCUAAAGCGUUAAAGCGAUUGCGAAUGGUAGCCAAAGUUUUGUUUUGUAAAUUCGAAUUUAAGCUAGAGUAAAGUCCAAAUUGAUCAUCUACA